ACUUUCGCUCUCAACACCGACGGAAGCGUCAAGCACACCGCCGUCGUCUCAAUUCCCCGCGGUGGCCCCGUCUCCACCCAGCUCUACAACUCCAACAAUAACCUCGCCAUUGCCCACUACGGCGGCCACGGUCUCACCACCUUCAGCAAUGUGAACGGUGCCUUCACCCUCCUCCAGAACAUCGGCUACGAGAACCGCACAACCGGCCCCAAGCCCCAGCAGCAGGAUGGCUCCCACGUCCACCACUCCGUCCUCGACCCGACCGGCCAGUACGUCAUCUUCCCCGACCUCGGUCUCGACGUGACCCACGUCUUCUGCAUCGACAGCUCUUCCGGCAAGCUCGUCGAGCACGCCGAGCUCAAGGCGCCCACGGGCUACGGCCCGCGCCACGCCGCCUUCUGGAAGUCUGGCAGCAAGACCUUCCUCUUCGUGAUCCACGAGCUCGUCUCCAAGGUCAUCUCCUACGAGGUAACCUACGUGCGCUCGGGCGGCCUCACCUUCAAGAAGAUCGACGAGCAGAGCACCUACGGCCCCACCGCGGACCCGGCCAUCACGCAGUACGGCGCCGCCGCUGAGAUCGCAGUCUCCCCCGACAACAAGUUCCUCCUCGCGUCCAACCGCAACGUCACCCUCACCCAGGUCCCCAACGUCGACCCCGCCAACAGCACCCAGAUCGACUCCAACUCGAUUGCUACUUUCAAGCCUUCUUCUGAUGGCAAGCUCGCGUGGGUCCAGCUUGCGCCCUCCGGUGGUCUUUUCCCCCGCCACUUCGAGCUCAGCAAGGACGGCAGCGAGAUCGCGAUUGCCAACCAGAACUCGGGCAACGUCCGCAUCUACAAGCGCGAUGUCAAGUCUGGCAAGAUU